AUGCACGCCGUGGCUGGCUCAGUCAUUGAGAAGCAGUCAGGCCAGCCUUGGUACGAGUUCCUGAAGGAGAGGAUCUUAGAACCUCUUGGGAUGCAUCGAACUGUCACAAACCGAACAAAGUUACCAGAUGGCAAUGCCGCAGAACCUUAUGUUGUCCUUGACGACUACUCAUUACACCGGCAAAAGCCAGUUGACACAGCUGCUGAUCAUACUCUGAUGGGAUCGGCUGGAAGUGUUUGGUCCAAUGUAACAGAUAUGAAAUGGGCCAAAGCUAUGCUUGACAGGAUUCACCACGAGUUUUCGGUCCUCAAAGAGAUACCGACAAUCACAUCACACAAAACCAAUAUCACUACGUCUUCUAUUGGCGAGAAUAUGUACGGCCUUGGGUUUGCUCGCGCGAUAAUUCCAUCAACAGAGCUGGGUAUUCUUUCUCUCAACGGUCCGCAAAGAGAACACGUAAUUGGUCGAACCUCAAGGCCAAGACUUGCUCUGUAUCAUAAUGGCGAUUUCGUCGAGGGUUUCGAAGCAGAGGGCUAA